AUGCCAGCCAUGUUUCGCAGAACCUCUGACUUUUUCAAACACUUCAACCAACGGCAUGACUCAGUUCACUCAGACAAGCCUGUCCUGGAGUCCCACAAUUCGAGUGCGAGAUCUUCCCAUGCCGAUUUGACAGUCGAGAGCACACCCCUGGCUCCUGCCGAUACCCCACAUCCUAAGAAACAACGACUCUGGAGCUUUGGCCACCAAGACGAAGACGAAAGGGAGAAGCGACGCCUGGAGCGAGAGGAGCGGGAGCGCGCUGAUUUUGCCGCUACGAGACGGUACGCCAGUGCUCGGCGACGCAGCAACGGUGCUGGGAUCGGCUUUGAAGGAGGAUGGCAGGGCUAG